GUGUAUUUUCCCAUAUAUCAAUUGUUCUCUUAAAUAUUUCAGUUUAAUUACCCAAGUGUUUGAGAAUUGGGAGAAACCCCAAAACCAAAAUAAAAACCCCAAAUAAUAAUUUUCUCUCUCCUCUGAUUUUAUACCCCGUACUGUGCAUGUUCAAUUUCUGCAUUUUGGAGUCGAAAUUUGCCCAAACGUAUUGCAUGAAAGUUAUAGAUCUCAAAAAUUAAUUGAACUUAGACCCAAAAAUCACUUGAUUUGGAGUUCGGAGCUAUGAGUUAUGGUCUUUGAAAGUUUAGUGUUGCUACCUUCAUUUCUCUCCUCUGUUUUUAUUCCGACAAUCUGUUGCACCAAUUAUCUACAACAUGCAAUCCAAUUUUGCUCUUUUUUCUCAAUCAAAUUUGUAUAUCACUUCGAACUAAUGAGUUUGGGCACAAAAAUCACUUGAUUUGGAGUUCGGAGCUAUGAGUUAUGGUCUUUUUUUAGAUCAUUUCGAGCUAAUGAAUUUGGGCACAAAAAUCGCUCAAUUCGGAGUUUGGAGUUAUGAGUUACGCCUUACAGAAGUUCAGCACUGCUGCUGUACUUUGUGUUGCGCUGCUACCGUGGUUGGCUUUGUUUGCCCAUGUUGUCAUUGCUAACUUGUUUGCAUUGUUGCUGCCAUUGUGUUGGUAUUCCUUUCCAUAUGAAGGUCGUUGUUGGAGUAUGUAUAUGGAGAUAAAUUAUGAAGUUCGAGCUAUAGUUGGUUAUCCAGAAUGUCGAAUUAUUGGGAAUUGUUUCAAGCAGCCAAAUGGACGCAAACAAGUCAUGGAAAUAUUAUUCUCAAAACCUGGAUACAAAACCUUCGCUUGGAUCUUACCUCCAACAAUGCAAGAGUUCAAUCCUAAUCAUUCUUAUACUGUUAGCUACAUGCUGCAGGUCGACUGUGCUGAAGAGUGCAUGUGGUUAACCAAGUUCUAUGAAGGCAAAUUCUAUAGUUGAAACACCAGAGAUUUCAUUUACUAUCUUUGUUAUUAUAUUGUUACAUUGUGAAUAUUUUUUUCCUCGGUAAAUUUUGUAAAUAAUUUUUCUAUUGAAUAAUACUAGAUGUAAUUACGCAACUAAUUUAAUUCCAAUAACGAUUUCACACGCAUAUACAUAAAACUUAUA